UCUUUUUUAUUCAAUACUUUAAUUAGUACGUUUAUUCAUUGAUAUAUAAUAUAAUACAAAAUGCACGUAGCUGACGGUGGUGAUGUUCAAGCAAUUAUUGCUCAAAGGCGUUUACAAAUCGCCGGUAAAUCUGGUGUCGCCGGUUUAAUCCAUAACAAGCGUUCAUUCUUAAUUGCAGUCUUUGCAUCUCUUGGUGGUUUAGUCUACGGUUAUAAUCAAGGUAUGUUUGGUCAAAUUUCUGGUAUGCAUUCCUUCUCUAUUGCUGCUGGUGUUGGUAAGAUUCAAGACAAUCCAACUUUACAAGGUUUAUUGACUUCUAUUUUAGAAUUAGGUGCUUGGGUUGGUGUCCUUAUGAAUGGUAUUAUUGCUGAUAAAGUUGGUAGAAAACUUUCUGUUGUUUCUGGUGUUGUGUUCUUCAUUCUUGGUGUAAUUGUUCAAGCCUGUGUUCGUGGUGGUCACUAUUCCUAUAUUUUAGGUGGUAGAUUUAUCGUCGGUAUUGGUGUGGGUAUCCUUUCUAUGGUUGUUCCAUUAUAUAAUGCUGAAUUAUCUCCACCAGAAGUUCGUGGUUCUUUAGUUGCUUUACAACAAUUAGCCAUUACUUUCGGUAUUAUGAUUUCAUAUUGGAUUACUUACGGUACCAAUUUUAUUGGUGGUACUGGUGAUGGUCAAAGUAAGGCUUCAUACUUAGUUCCAAUCUCAAUUCAAGUUGUUCCAGCUAUCAUUUUAGCCAUUGGUAUUACUUUCAUGCCAGAAUCUCCAAGAUGGUUAAUGAAUGAAGGUUUAGAAGAUAAGUCUUUAGAUGUUCUUGCUAACUUAAGAAACUUGGAUAAGAACGAUCAAUUAGUUCAAAUGGAAUUCCUUGAAAUGAAAGCUCAAAGAUUAUUUGAAAAAGAAUUAAUUGAAAGAAAGUACCCACAUUUAUUAGAUGGUUCUGCAUCUUCUAACUUUAAGAUUGGUUUCGAACAAUAUAAGUCUUUGAUCACCCAUUACCCAAGUUUCAAGAGAGUUGCCGUUGCUUGUUUAGUUAUGACUUUCCAACAAUGGACUGGUGUUAACUUCAUUUUAUACUACGCUCCAUUCAUCUUUGACUCCUUAGGAUUAUCAGGUACUACUACUUCCCUUUUAGCUUCUGGUGUUGUCGGUAUUGUCAUGUUCCUUGCCACUAUUCCAGCUGUUCUUUGGGUCGAUCAAUUAGGUAGAAAGCCUGUCUUAGUCUCUGGUGCUAUUGUUAUGGGUGUUUGUCAUUUCAUUGUUGCCGGUAUUUUAGGUUCAGUUUCUGAUUUUACUACUCACUCUGGUGCUGGUUGGGCCGCUGUUGUUUUCGUUUGGAUCUUUGCCAUCGGUUUCGGUUACUCUUGGGGUCCAUGUGCUUGGAUUAUUGUUGCCGAAGUUUUCCCAUUAGGUAUGAGAGCUAAGGGUAUUUCCAUUGGUGCUUCUUCUAAUUGGUUAAACAAUUUUGCUGUCGCCAUGUCUACUCCAGAUUUUGUUGCCAGUGCUAAAUACGGUGCUUACAUCUUCUUAGGUCUUAUGUGUAUCUUUGGUGCCAUUUACAUCCAAUUCUUCGUUCCAGAAACUAAAGGUAGAACUUUAGAUGAAAUUGAUGAACUUUUCGGUGAUACUUCUGGUACUUCUAGAACUGAAGCAGAAAUCCAUAACAGAAUUCUUAAGGAAGUUGGUUUACUUGACUUACUUGAUGAAGAUUCAGGAUUCUCUGAAACUGAAAAAUCUAAGCCAGAUGUUUCCUACCAUGAAGGAACUCCUACUGCUAGCGAAUAAGCUGGACUGUCUCUUUAGCAGUGGACGAAAUGAGUUACUGAUCUUAAUAUAUUCAUGAUUAAUGAUAUCCAAAAAAAAGAAAAUGAUUAAAAUGAUUGAUAAGUUAUUUCAUGUUCUUCUAGGGUACACUUCCUUAUAAAUGUCCCUUUAUAUAGUUAUUCUCUUACUGUUUAGUAUAAUUUAAUAUUCUAAUUCUUGAAUGAAAUAUUUUGUUAAAAAACAACUUUAUAAGCAAACUCCAAACGUACUUUAAGCAUGUAUCAAAUGUGUGGGCAUUCGACUCAG